AUGGCACUGCUUAGACCAGUAGUAUUAUUGCAGAACCUUCAUUGUUGCAAGGAAUUUGGACAAAUACCUUGGAAAACAGUGAGUAGUGUUUUCAUAAAGAAAAGGCUCCAUCCAUUUGCUUGCAGUGGAGUUUCAGAUCAGAUACAAUCCUUGACAACCUUCCCAAGCUGUAAAAGAGUAAGUUAUGAGAAGAAACUGGUGCAAAGGUACUUAUGCAGCACAGUGGCUAUUGACAAAUUUCCAAAAGUCAAGAGGAAAUGGGAAGGUGAUGAUACUCAAAUCCUCACUAGUAUGUUUGAUCCGAGUGAAAGGACAGACAAAGAAUGGGAAGAGGUGAUCCUCCUCAUGUCUCAGGGUGAACCAGGAUUUAGCAAGGUCAGCUGUGAUGCAUUGGUGAUGAAGCGAUGCUUGCAAGCCUCUAACUAUUUCAUAGCAACUUCGUACAUACAGUACCUGGAGAAUCAGGGUAAAGAGCCAAACUUGGCAACUCUCUCCCUCUAUCUACGUUUGUGUGGGCAGAGAGUUGUGGACUGUGGGGAAGAGAAAGUGCUGGAGCUCUACUAUCAACUUCUUAGGAAAGCCAAAGUACUAGAUGCAAACCUCAGCGAGAGUGUAAUUCUGGCUCUGACCUCAACAAGUCAGUGGAAGCUGGCCCUCAAACACGUUGCUAACAUAAGGAGGAUGUGCAACAUUAGCACAAAGGUCUAUAGCUCAAUUAUUACAGCAGCCUUUAGGAAUGGAGACUACAACACAGGCUGGCACUACCUGGAGACCAUGUGCCAGGAAGAGAAGAUGCCAACUGAUUCCACAUUGUUGGAGUGGAUUACUCAGUGUGAAAAGGCAGAGGGUGUUGAGCAAAAGCAGUCAAUGAUGGUGACAUUAUUAGACAAGCUGAUUCUCUAUGAGAUCUUCCCCAAAGUGCCAGUUAUUGAGAGUAUUGCUAACCUUUUUAGCAAAGAUCUGGGAUGGUCAAACUUGUAUGUGAAAAUGUCCAAAAGUGGAAAAUGCCCUGCCUGCAACCAGCAGUUACAUCAGCUCAGCAUUAGUGAAACAGAAUUUAAAGAGUUGCAGAAUGAAUAUGUGCCACGUGUUCUUCAUGGCUCAGAUAUAUUUCGUUCGAGUAGUCCUGAAGAGUGGCACAAGUUCCAGACAUUUUUAGAACAAAGAGGGCCAUUUUCUGUAGUAGUCGAUGGCCUUAAUGUAUCAUACCUUGCAGGAAAGAAACCCCUUAGUCAGCGAUCUGUUAUGUUGAAGCAUGUAGUGGAAAAGUUAUGCUCCACAGUCAGGAAUGGUCGCAUAUUGGUCAUUGGCAGGAAACACAUGAGGGAAUGGUCUGGAGUUGAUUUUAAUGCUGUAAAAAAGAUGGCCGAUGUAUACACCCUCGAUAACCUGACCAAGGAUGAUGGCUUCUUCAUAUAUGCAGCACUUCGAUCUGGUCAAGGGACCAAGAUUGUGUCAAGUGACAUGUUGCGUGAUCAUCUGUACCGCCUGGGAGAUGGAUCCCUGAGAGAGAUCUUUAGACGUUGGCAAAGACAACAUCAAGUUUUAGCUGUUCCAUCUGUUGGUGGUGUUCAGCUCAUUGAACCUGAAUCCUUCAGCACAACAGCUCAGAACCAGGGAACAACUGUUUGGCAUAUACCUUAUGAUGAUGGAUCACCACAUGCAACCUAUCAGCUUCCUAAGACUUGGUUAUGUACACAAGCAAAUCCACAUAGCAGCAGAAGGGAUCCACACUCUGUCAUUUGGGAGAGGACAGUCCAAAGUGUUCCCUUUACAGAAACAGACACAGAAAAGGUGGACUAUGUAGCUAAUAAAAGCUUUAGGCAACUCUCCAUAACUCCAAGGGUUUAUAUUGGAGGGAAAAACCCAAUUGGGAAAUAUAAUAGCAGAAAGGAACCUCAAACAUCAUAUUUAUCCAAUGCAAGAAAUGUACAGUAUUCUAAAAUAUAUAGCUAUAAGAAGAACAGUACAAAAGCUAAGAAAUUAGUUGUCUCUGACUUAUUUAAAGAAUGAAAAAGAAAUUAUCACAAGCCUGUAUGAAGAGCUUGAAGUAAUUGAUUUGUAUAGAUAUGUAACCACCUAGAAUGUAUACAAUAUAUGAAAGUAAUAGUAGUAACUUUCAUUGUAGUUUUGAUACUGAUGGUGGUAUUGCAUUUUAUAUAUGGGAGUAUUGUACAAAGUGCUUUCCUGAAAAGAAUUUUGUUUA